AUGGCAUCACUCACUCAUACACCGAAGCGACUGGCGCUUUCAUACGUGGUCGACUGGAUCGUCAUCAUUGGCAUUGCAGCAGUUGGUGCAGGCUUCUGGAAGGUAACACCGAACCACAGACCCUUCUCCCCAGUCGACCCUGACAUAUCCUUCCCAUACGUCGAGCAUGAAAAGAUAUCAACAGGCCUCCUUGUCACCAUCGCAUUGGUCAUACCCGCUCUCGUCACGGCUUUUGUGACGCUGGUGUUCACGCCAGGACCUGGCGUGUCACGGGGAACACCAAAGUCACUCAUGUGGAGGAUGAAACUAUGGGAGUGGAAUACUGCUUGGAUGGGACUUGCGCUUGCUCUAGCCACGACGUUCUUUUUCACGGAAGGGCUUAAAAACGUAAUUGGCAGACCAAGGCCAGACCUGCUAUCAAGAUGUAAUCUAGAUCCUGCGACUGUGCAGCAAUACGCUCUAGGUGGCGAAGGGAGCCAGCUACCACUAUGGAACCUCUUGGUCUCUUCUACGGCUUGCCGACAGCCCAAUGCUUCGAAGCUGAAUGAUGGAUUCGCAAGCUUUCCUAGCGGCCAUUCUUCUUUCUCCUGGGCUGGCAUGUUCUACCUGACUCUCUUCCUCUGCUCCAAAUUCUCCGUCACCAUUCCAUAUUUACUCCCAUACACCUUCGAAUCUUCAACGCAAGAUGCCAAAAGAUAUGAUCAAGGCCUAAUCGACGGUGACUCCGACAACUUCAAAAAUGAUGCUCCCGCAUCCACCAAGAGCAGAUCAGUACCUCUGCGCAAGCAAGCGGCGGCUCCUCCGACUUAUCUUUUAAUCCUACCACUCAUCUGUAUCUCGAUCCCCGCUUAUGUUGCAUCAACGCGUUUUUCGGAUUUCAGGCAUCAUGGAUUUGACAUCAUUUUCGGCUCGUUGAUGGGCACUGUCAUCUCUUACAUUGGCUUCAGGAUGUAUCAUUUGCCUAUCAGACGAGGCGCUGGCUGGAGUUGGGGGCCUAGAAGCGUGUCGAAAGCUUGGGGGAUAGGCGUGGGUCCCCAAGGAUACACAGAUGGAAAUGGAGCUAUGACCAAGAAACGCGAUCUGGAGGCCGCUAAUGAACCAAGAAAUUCCGCGUUGGUAAGCUCAGGUGAGGUUUGA